GUCGUAGUGUAGUGGUAGAUGCAGCGUUUACAAGGAGCUUAUUAAACCAACACUUAAUGUUUGCCAGGCUUGUUACAGCAUAGAAACAGUCCCAUGAUUCCUUGGAAUAGCUCCUGAUUCAAUAUUUUGACUCAAAUGGCCAUGAGUGAGGUUGCAGUCUUGCACAAAAAGAAGAGAAAGGAUUUUGUACCUUAUUUUCUAGGGUUGGUGCUAUUUUUGUAUUGCACAGUUCAUCUUGUAUCAUUCACUGCAAAAGCAGUACAGGAAACACACUCAUCCAGAGUACGUCGGGCUCUUGAGAAUGAGACAGAAUGCGUCUCGCCACAGUCCUCCGAGUUCCCUGAAGGCUUUUUUACAGUGCAGGAGAGGAAGGAUGGAGGAAUCGUCAUUUAUUUUAUGCUCAUUUUCUACAUGCUUUUGGCUGUUGCUAUCGUUUGUGAUGAUUACUUUCUGCCAUCCCUGGAAGUUAUCAGUGAGCGUCUGGGACUGUCUCAGGAUGUAGCCGGAGCUACUUUUAUGGCAGCUGGCAGCUCUGCACCUGAACUGGUCACAGCCUUUCUAGGUGUGUUUGUGACAAAAGGAGACAUUGGGGUUAGCACCAUAGUGGGAUCAGCGGUCUACAACCUCCUAGGAAUCUGUGCUGCAUGUGGACUCUUGACCUCUGUGGUGGGCCGUCUCACCUGUUGGCCCCUGUUCAGGGAUUGCCUGGCAUAUGGAAUCAGUGUUGCUGCUGUUAUUGCCAUUAUCUCUGAUAACAGAGUGUACUGGUAUGAUGCUGCCUGUCUGUUGCUGGUGUACGGUGUCUACAUCGUGGUUCUUUGUUUCGAUCUGCGCAUCAGCGAGUUUGUCCUGAGGAAGCUGAGCCCUUGCUGCACCUGUCUGGGUAAAGGGACCGGGGAGCGGACAGAGACGCAGCCUCUGAUGGGCUGGAGCGAUGACACCAGCCUGAGAGUCCACGGGCGCUCCAGAACUGACAGUGGCAUCUUCCAGGAUGACUCAGGAUACUCGCACCUCUCCCUCAGCCUGCACGGCCUCAAUGAGAUCCCUGAAGAGACUAAAAGUGUGUUUGCCGUGCCGGAGAAUGACCUGAAACGGAUCCUCUGGGUGCUCUCUCUGCCAGUCAUUGUCCUGCUUUUCCUGACCAUCCCUGACUGCAGGAGAAAGUUCUGGAAGCAGUGGUUCAUGAUAACCUUCUUCAUGUCAGCUGUCUGGAUCUCUGCUUUCACUUAUGUCCUGGUGUGGAUGGUCACAGUAGUUGGAGAGACCUUUGGAAUCCCUGAUACAGUGAUGGGACUGACUCUGCUGGCUGCUGGAACCAGUAUACCCGACACUGUGGCCAGCGUGAUGGUGGCCAGAGAAGGGAAAGCUGAUAUGGCCAUGUCCAACAUUGUGGGCUCCAAUGUGUUUGACAUGCUGUGUCUGGGCCUGCCUUGGUUCAUUAAGACUGCCUUCGUGGACACCACCAAUCCUGUCGAGGUCAACAGCACUGGACUGGUAUUCAUAUCCUCCACACUCCUCCUUUCCAUCAUCCUCCUUUUCAUAGCUGUUCAUGUGAAUGGAUGGAAAUUGGACUGGAAGUUGGGAAUAGUUACACUUAUUUGCUACAUCCUCUUUGCCACCCUGUCCAUCCUGUAUGAGCUGGGGAUUAUUGGGAAUAACCCCAUAAGACUGUGUAGUGACUGAGGCCUUUAAAAGGCUAGUGCGACUACCAGCCCAUCACAAAAAAACAUCAAACCUCAUAAGAAUCUUCUUGUCUUGAGAAGGAGGGAUGGUCAGCCACUUAUCAACUGAAAACAUUAAAACACCCUGGAAGAAGUGUGCUGUCAUCUUGAAGAGGAUGAUCUUAAUUCACAAUAUAAUACAAGAGGAAAAAAUGCCAAAGAUCUUUCUCUUGUGUGAGACUGUCAAGAUCCAGACCAGGACUUUUUAUUUAUCACAAAAAUGAGGACUCUCGUCAAGUAUUUUCAGCCUCACUCAAGGCCCUUUAUAUUUUCAAAUGUUUUUGAAAUCCAACAAAAAUGGCAGCAUGUGCAUUCAAAGGAGUUGUAGAAGGAAUGGAAAAUGGGUGACUACUGAGUGCAAAUGAACCCAGAACUGACCAAUCAAACUCAGGAAAUAAAAAGGUACCAGUUGA